CAUACUAAACCAUUUGUCCUAAAACAGACACUUGUCCUAAAACUGCUCAGCAAAUUUUAAAUGCUCAUCAGACACUCACCAUGUGAAAGAACAAGAGAUCUCCUGGACAUCUGUCCCAAAACUCAGUCUCAAGAGAAAGUGGGCCAUACAGCAAGACAACAAACAACGGUUAAAGAAGGAGGUGGAAGGAGCUGAAACAAGCAGUUCAAUUGAGGAAAACCCACCAACAUCACAGAGUUGAAGUGGUUAUGUAAUGAGGAACAGGCUGAAAGUCCUACAAGAUGAACAAGAUUCGUGAGUUGGUGAAGGACGAUGGCGUCUGUUAAAAAGCUGCUCUUGGACCAACUGAUGGAGCUGGCAGAAGAUGAACUGAAGAAUUUUCAUUGGCAUUUAGUGAAUUUUUAUCAAAAGUGCAUAUCAAAGUCUGAAUUGGAAAAUGCAGAUAGAUGUGACACAGUAGAUAAGAUGGUGAUGUGUUUUGGACCAGAAGAAGCUGUAAAGGUCAUGGUAGACGUCCUGAGAAAGAUAAACCAAAAUGAUCUGGCUGAACAGUUGCAGAAUGAACACAAGCAAGCUCAGACUGAGGACAAUAUGAAGACAUCUGUCCCUGUUAGAGAGCUACAAAAUGUCUUGAAAACUCACAAAAACAACAUGAAGAUGAAGACAAAAUACAUUUUUGAGGGCAACAAAGAAACUGACACAGAUCUGAAAGCUGUUUACACAGAUCUGUUCAUCACAGAGGGAGAUAUGAAAGAUGUAAAUCAGGAACAUGAGAUUCUGAAGAUUGAUGAUGCUUUCAAGAGCAAAAAAACACUGAACAAACCAAUCAAAUGCAAUGAUAUAUUUACUGAACUGAGGAAAAACAAUGAGUUAAAGAUUGUGUUGACCAAAGGAGUCGCUGGCAUUGGGAAAACUGUGUUUGUGCACAAGUUCAUCCUGGACUGGGUAGAAGGAGAAUCUAAUCAGGAUAUAGACUGUGUGUUCCUGCUUCCAUUCAGAGAGAUCAAUGUGAUUAAAGAAAGAGAGGUCAGUCUCCAUGAGUUUCUGCUGAAAUUUAAUCCUGAAUUGAUGUUCCUGGAGAAAUCAAAGUUAUAUACAGAAUAUAAACUUGUGUUUAUUUUUGAUGGACUUGAUGAGAGUCGACUGCCUUUGAAUUUUGAAAGUGAUACAUUGAACACUGUUGAGGAAAGAUCAUCUGUAGAUGUGCUGUUUACAAGUCUGGUCAAAGGUAAACUGCUUCCAUCAGCUCUUGUCUGGGUCACAUCACGACCGGCAGCAGCCAAUCAGAUCCCUCCUCAGUAUGUAGGAUUGUUCACAGAAGUGCAAGGAUUCACUGACCUACAGAAGGAGUGA